CUGUAAAUGGAAGUUCUGAUUUGUGAUAACCGCGUAUGUUUUGCACUAAGAAAAAACAACUGUUGUAUUAAAUUUUCCUUUCUAAUUACUGCAUAAUCGCUCUAAAAUAAUUAAACUAAGCCAUGACGAACUGAUAAACGCAUUUAAUUAUUUUUUUUUUUGCAAUUUUUGACCAAAAGUAGGUAAUAUUUAUUUGGUUUAUACAAGAGUGGUUUUAACUUUUUAAAUGGUGGAAUUUGCAAUUAAUUGGGCGGUGAGUUCGAUUAUUCUUCCCCAAGGAAAUGACCGACAACACGGAUGAGCUGAAGAAUAUGCUAGUUACUUUCCGGGUGUCGGAACUGCAGAUGUUAUUAGGUUUUGCUGGCAGAAACAAGUCAGGAAGAAAAACAGAACUGCAACAAAGAGCUCUAGAGCUCCUCAGAGUCAGGUCUCACCCCAUUCAUCAGAAAAUCAGAGAUUUAUACAAGACUAUACAGCAAAGUGGAGCUCUGACUGGAGUACAACCUCCAAGUACCUCUCCCCCAAGUCAGGAUCUACAAGGAGCUCCUGUAAACAAUAUGCCUCAAACGCAGGGUGGUAUGAAUAGGAAUGCGGCCACUGUCCAUCCAUUUAGUGUAGAUGGCAGACAAAUGGCACGACAAGCACCCAUGUACCAACAAAGUAUCUACUCACCUUACCCACAAUAUUCAACAGCUAAACAACAACAGCAGCAGCAACAACAACAAAACGUCCUAGGCAAUUACCCCAUACACCCAGACGUGAAAUUUCGCAGGCUACCAUUCUAUGAUGUUCUGGCAGAUUUACUAAAACCUUCUUCUCUAGUUCCUCAAAGCACCCAAAGAAUGCAAGAAGGCACCUUUUACUUCCAUUUGACCCCCCAUCAAGCCACAGAUGUCGCCAGUUCGAGAGAUAUCAGGCCUGGAGUCAAAUGCGAUUACGUCAAACAGGUGCAGAUGAGAUUUUGCCUUUUGGAAACCACCUGCGAGCAAGAAGACUGUUUCCCCCCGAAUGUCAUAGUUAAAGUUAACAACAAAUUGUGCCCGUUGCCUAAUCCCAUUCCGACCAACAAGCCCGGCGUGGAGCCGAAACGGCCUCCAAGGCCCGUCAAUAUAACCCAGAUGGUGAAGUUGAGUCCUACCGUGGCCAAUACUAUAACUGUGUCUUGGGCGGCCGAAUAUAAUCGCGGUUACGCCAUUUCGGUGUCGCUUGUACACAAAUUGAGUUCGAUGGAUUUAUUACAGAGGUUGAAAAGUAAGGGAGCCAAGAAUGCCGAUCAUACACGAGCUAUAAUCAAAGAAAAAUUGAGCGACGACGGCGACUGCGAAAUAGCGACGACGUCGUUGAAAGUGUCGCUGAUGUGUCCGUUGGGCAAGAUGAGAAUGACGACGCCGUGUCGACCGAUGACGUGCACGCACUUGCAAUGCUUCGACGCUUCGCUGUUUCUGCAAAUGAACGAACGGAAACCGACGUGGAAUUGUCCGGUGUGCGACAAGCCGGCUCUCUACGACAAUCUGGUCAUCGAUGGGUAUUUCACCGAAGCGCUGAAUUCGAUGAUGUUGCCGUCCGAAUGUAACGAAAUUCAAUUGAACAAGGACGGCACUUGGUGCGUUCAGCAGCCCGAAAAGAAGGUGGUGAAUAAAGUUGAAAAGGCGCCAGUGGCGGCGAUCGCUAUCGACGAUUCGAUAGAGAUUAUAGGAGACGACGUUGAAAUUGUGAGUUCUAAUGUGACGGCGAGUUCUACGACGGAUAAAUCGGCCGCUGCCGACGGGGCGAAGUCCGAUGAGACGCCCCGCAAACAGGUUGUCGAUUUAACGAUCUCGGAUUCGGACGAUGACGAACCGGCGGCCAAAAUUAGGGCGAUUGCUCCCAUACCAGAUUCGACCAGCGCGUCUUCGAACAGCAACCAAACUCGUAUUACGACCACCUCAUCUGUAUCGAGUUCCGGCUAUCCUGCCAGCCCUUCAGUCAUCAAUCUGGAUAGUCCUUCGCCCCCUAGAUCGCCUCCUCAGCAUCAACAAAGCGACCAACAGCAGGCCCCGUCGUCUUGCAUGAUGACCGGCCAAACGAACGGCACUCCGUUCGAUAAGAGCGCUACGCCGUUCAUGGGCCCCGGAUCGAUGCCGUUUUUGGACUUGGACAACGACCCGAGCACUCCCUCUAACGGAAACAACCUGAACUUCACCAAUUAUUAAUAAGAACAUUUUAUGACUAGUUUCAUUUUAACUAUUAAUUUGUAUAGUUUCUUUUUUUUAUAUAAAUCUGAUGCGCUUGCUGUACAAAACUUUAGAUAUUUAUAGGGUUGUGUACGUCGAGACAUAACCUCGAAAAUAGAUGGAUAUGGAAGACCAAAAAGUUACCGUUGUGUUUAAUUGACGGUAACGAUUUUAUUAAUUGAUUUAUUUGUAACUGGUUGCAUAGUUUGAGUUGCGUUUGUGUUUUUAGCGCUCUUGCGGCAUUUACGAUGUUUCGAUGCGAAAAAUGACAGCUGUCAAAGUUGAUCGUGUCGAAAACGUUGUUUGGCGUUUCUUGUAGUAUGUCAAUUUUUCAAUAAUUGUUUUUCGUUGUAAGGGUCCGAUUACAGUAAGAACUUGGGUUCGUCAUCACUCGGAGGAAUAAUUUGUUGACAAUUGAGAUUUAAUGUUGAGUUAUUAUAAGUUUUUUUUUUUUAAUUAAACAACUUACUCUUUAUUUAUUGCUAGUUAUAGAUAGGGUAAUCGUUAAGUAUGUGAUCGAACUUUAAAAUUCUCUUCCUUUACUUAAUUUUGAGACAGAGUUAUCGUAGUAACCAUCGAGAUAGAUAAAAGUAAAGACGAAAUAAAAAAAAAGAAAAUAAAUUCAAAUAUAUUUAAAUAAAUUGAAAUUAGGAAUGAAUUAUUAUCUAUAUUAAAUAUGGUUAGUUUCUUCAAAAAAUUGAAACUCAAAAUCAAUACCACUGGACUGGACAGGAAUACAAGACGGGACGAACCCAGAAACAGUAUUCACUAUUAGUUUAACAAAGAAAUUUAAAUAAAGAAUGAAAAAAAUACAAUUUUGUGAGAAAAAUAUUAAUGGUAAUGACUAAUUACAAAUUUUAAUAAUAAUUACUUAAAUAUGAUUUAUAUAGAAGUUAUUAAGUGUUGUACUUAAAGUCACUAAGGAAAAGAACCAAUCACGAUUGAUUCAAUUUGACAGUGUGUUGUAAGAUUUACAACAUCGAUGAAGGGGUAAAUUUAAGUGGUAAUUGGUAGAACUAUGAUUCACGUAGAAUAUGUUUUGAUUUCUAGUAUUGUAUAAUGGAAUAUUGAUAUUUAUUAAACUUACUAAAUGUGAAGAAUCAAUCAAAUAAGCAACAAUUUUGUGAACAAAUUUUAUGUCAUAUAUUUGUCUUCUGUCUUCAUUAUUAAAUACAGGUACGACUAGUUUCGGCUUCACAGGCUCAUCUGCAAGCCUCUUAAUACAUAAAAUUCAAUCUGUUUUUCCUAUCUUAAGUUAGAAUUUUAUGUAUUACAGGCCUGAAGAUGGUCCUGUAAGGCCGAAACUAGUCGCACCUGUAAUUUAAAUUAAAUUUAUGUGGUAUUGAUUUUAAGUUUUUAUUCUUUGUUUAAAUUGAAAUUCGAAUAAAUUUAUUUUAUUUAUUUAUUACUAUAUCCAACAGAGUUGCCCCUAAUUACAGUAUAAGGAAAGAAAUAUUACAAGAAUUGGGAAUUAACAUAAAUAAUUAUUCUUAUGUAUAUACAUAUAUAAACUUAAAUCUAAAUAAACACGAAUUUAAACAGACACGGGUACAUCCUUAAAAAAACUUACAUAAGAAAAAAAGGAUGCAUCCAUUUCCACCUUUAAUAAUUACUGCGCAAAUUAAAUUGACAGAAAGAUACUUCUAAUAGAUGCAACAGAGCAAU